AUGUCGAGUCAGGAUUUAGAAAUAAGAUUGACAGAUGACGAUGAUUUUUGUUUUCUUUAUUUCAUUAGAAUUACCGUUGAUGAGUUUACUGAAAUUAAACAGCAGCAAGGUUUGCUCAUUAAUUUCAACGAAUUUGAACAGAAAGUAGCAGAUCUCUUGUGCAUUUGUUCACAAGAGGAGGCUAUCGAAACUCCGAAAUAUGGACUUCGGUUUUCCAGAAACACUGAGGAAAGAGAUUGCGGUUUAUUGCAAAUAGUUGAGGCCACCAAUUUCAAGUAUCUUCACCAUUUGAGUCUCAAUUUGUAUGCAGCUGAUGACGAAAAGCUUAAACUAUUUCUAGCAAGCCGUUUAAAAAAACAUAAAGUACUUGUGCAACUCAGCCAUUCUGUAUCCGAGUUGACAUCGUCUCUGAAAUCUGCAGAGGAGGGUACGAAGUUAAUAAAAGACGAGUUCCAAGCGUUCAAAGUAGCAUGUUCAGCUAAAGAACUUAGUCUUCGCUCCGAGAAUGAGUUUGCUAUCAGGGAAUUGCAAUCAAAACAUGAUGAGGUAAAAACGAAGUUAGAAGAUUCUCUUUCCAAAGAAAAAGAUUUAGCCAAUCAAAUACAAGAGGAGCUUCAAAAGGACUUUAAAAGUCGUUUGGAUUUAGCAUUGAACAAUAACAAAAAUCUACGGGAUCAACAGUCUGUCCUUCAAACACGUGUAGAAACACUCCAGGAGAAACUAAAGUUUGCAGAAACUGAAAAUAUUUCUUUAACUGAAGAUAUCAAAAUUGUACGUUCUCAAUUGGAUACAACCAACCGAGCAUAUGAUCUACAAACGGAAAUGGCUAAUCAGUUACAAAGUAAACAAAUACUGGACUUAGAGGAUUCGUUAACUAAAGAACACGAACAAAAGUUGCAUUUACUUGAACAAUCAGAACAACAUUGUCGUAACAUACAAAAUUUGGAGAAACAUUUAGCUUCGAACACAGAGGAAAUAAAUAAAUCCAAUGAAAUCAUUAAACGCUUACAAAGUGAAGUCAAGAGUUUCCAAACAAAGGCUAAAUUACGUGGUCAAGUAGCAGCGGAACAGGAGCGUUUACUAGUUUCCAAAGACUCUGAAAUUCAGAGACUGCAUACCGAACUAGACAAAUUAAGAUCGGAAAUCACGAAUGUCAAAAAGCUCAACACUCAGAUUGUUGAAGAGCAUGAUCAAACCUUGCAAAGUUUAACAGAUGCUCAAAAAACAAUCAAGUCCAAUGAAAUAAUUAUCGCUUGGUUGAAUCGCCAGAUUGCCGAGAAUGAUUCAGAUUAUGUACAAAAUCGCUUGAAGCUUUCAGCGUUCCCAGCAAUAAGUGUGUCUUCUGGAGUAGUUGGUCCUCCUCCUACUAUUAAUUCACUUACAGUUGUCUCUUCUGGAAGUGAGAAACCCUCAGCAUUCGAAACUACUCCUUCAUACAUCCCAUUAACGCAGAAUUCACAAGCUUCUCAUGUAGUCCCUUUAUUUGAUACACAUACAUCUGUCAUGGUGUCUUCAUCUUCAAAUAGCAACAUCUUGCAAACAGUUGACAAAAGACUCUUAGAAGCACCCAACAGUUCGAAAAAUAAUUUAUAUGUGAAAAUUAUUUCUUCUGCAAUGAAUAAUACGAAUCUCCCGUCUACAGUACUUACUACUCACCUGCCAAUAUCCACUUCGAGCUGUGUGAUCCCUAAAGAAAAUAAUCCCUAUUCCGGUUCUUGUAUCCCACCCGAAAUACCUGACACAUUGACCACAGAAUUUGCCGAUCGCAAUGGCAAAUCACGAAAUAUUUUUGAUCAAAAGAUAUCAUCAACCAAGUGCGUAGAAACCGUCGAUUAUACUAAUGAUCAAAACUAUCAUCAACAAUCACUGGCUUCUGCCUAUUUUCCCCAAGUAUCUCUUUGA